CUAUUGAAUUUUUUUUUGUGGGCCGACAUAUCGCAUUGUGAGUGGACAUAUUUGUUGUAUAUAUUGCUUUUGAUUUUAUCUCAUCCAAUAAUUCAAACGCAUAUUUUAUAUAAUAAUUUUUUUAAGAAUAAUUAAAAUUAUAUCAAAAUUAAAGAUUUUUUUAUCUAUAAAUAAAAACUACUCACAUUUCAUUUGGAUACAGAAAAAAUGUCAUUUUUUUUAUAAUCAAAUAUUGCUUUUGAUAUUAUUUAAAAAUAAGCUUAGUAUAAUAAUUUAAAUAAAUAUUAUUAAAAUUUAAUUUAUUUCAGUUUCUAAAUUGAUUAUUACUCCUUCCGUUUCAAAAUAGAUGAUGUUUUAGAGAGUUUUUGAUGUUUCAAAAUAGAUGAUGUUUUCAUAUUUCAACGUACUUUUUAACUUUAUCAAAACUGUGUAAUCAAUUAUAUUUUGUAGUAUGUUUUGUGAUUGGUUGAAUAAUUUUUAAUUUAUAUUUUAAUGAUGAUUUUUAGACAAAAAACAAGUUUCUUAAUAUUUGCGUCCUAACCCUAAAACUUCGUGUAUUUUGAAACAGAAGGAGUAAUAUGUAAUUGUUAUGUUUUAAAAAACAAAAUUAUGAAGUAAAAAUUGUGGGGUAGAGUGUUGAAUUCUUUAAAACAAAACUAUUAUAGAUGUUUAGAGUGAAAUGAAUGUUGAAUAAAUGAAAUGAAAAAAAGAAAAUAUGAUGUGAAAUGUUAAAAAGGAAAAAUGAGAAUGUUGAAAAUGGAGAAGGUGUUAAAUCCAUUGUAGAUGGUCUUAACUUCAAGAAUCAUAUGAUCAUGUAUAAACGUCGAUGAUCCUACGACCAUGCAUAAUAGCCGAUUUGACUCUACGAUGGAUUAUAAACAGCGUUUUUAUUACCUCACAGCAGGGUAUAUUGCUGAUAUUUUGAAAACCUGUCUAAUCUUACACAUUUUACGAAGUAUAAAUUUGCAGGAGGGUAUUGAGCGAUCGAAAAGAUUAGUUAUAUCAAAAUUAGGGAAAACCCAAAGAUAAAAAAAAAGAACAAAAUUAUAGUACACUUUCAGAGAUAAUCAAUUAUAAUAUGCAGACUUAUAUAGAGAUGAAUAAAUCUAAUUUCAUAAACUAAUAUAGAAAUGUAUAAUAAGCGAUCUCGUAAUCCCCAAAAUCUCCUAAUAGUACGUACGAAUAGCUGGGUGUUCAGUUAUGCACAACCGACUAAAAGUGAGAAAGUUACCACCUACAAAUCAUAAACAAGAAAAAAAUAUAAAAACUCACUAAUCUCUCGGUGGAAUGUCAAGGGAUUUCGUAUGAUGCAAGGAAGCAAUCAAGUUGAAAAAGCCUAAUAUAUUUGAGAAAGUUAUCAACUUCACCGAUCACAACGCACGAUAACUAUGACAAUUUUUUUGGUAUCACCAAUCACCAUAACAGUGAGUCAGUGAACAAGUGUCAAACAUAUAAAAUGUCCCACCACGUUUGAACUUUGGGACAUUCAGUAAAAAAUUUCUGUAGUGACUGUAAGUGAAGGGGAACAAUAAACUCAAGAAAACGACGGACAUGUGAGAGGGAUCAGCUACAACAAGAAAAAGAUAAUUUGUUUGUUUUAGUCCAAACAAAAAGUAUGAAUUCACAAACACAAAAACAUGGCUUAUAUAUGAAAGCUUCAGUUGUUGCAGACAAUGUCAAAAGUGAAAGAUAAUAUUUCAAAGGUUGAUGAUAUUAUGUGUUGCUAACUUUCUAUCAAUAGUCAUUCUAGUGGCACGUUUGGAACAACUAACUUCUGUGAGAUUCACACAAAGAGGUUACUAUUUUGCAAGGAGGAUCAGAGGUGAAAGAGUCUGAGGAGGGAGUGAUGAUUUGGUGUCUAGUGUUUUUGGGUUUGAUGAUUUUCAAUUUGCGUUCUUUUUUUGGGGUUUAUGUAAUUUAUAUCUUUGCAUUAUUUAGAAUUGGUUUGUUGGCGGGAUUGUCUAUGGCUCCAUGUAAUAUGUUUGUCGAAAUUCUCCAAAUAAUAUUCUCAUGUUCAGUAUAUAACGUAGUACUUAUCCUAAUCAUUUAUAUUUCUGCGCAUUCGACGGGAUUUGCUAUUUGCCCUAUUCUUCUUUCUAGUUGAAUCAUUUAUACUUCAAAACAUUGGAGACGCCAUUAUUAAGAAAAUUACAAUGCUUAGUUAAUAUAUAAUAUUUUCCUGAAAUAGCCCCCUAGAUAUUAUUUUGAGUAUGACAAAAGCACUUUCUUAUCUUCAUGGGGUCAUGCAUGUGCAUUUCAACUGUAGCAAAGGUAUAACUUUCCAUAAAUAGUCGGCCUAGACUUGAUCAAAGAUAUUCCUCUUUUAUAAUCUCUAUACUAUGUAUUGUAAAUGUCGUUGGAGAUUGGUGAAAAAGGGUCUUAAACGUGGCCCCUUAAUCCUAACAUUGGUCACUUAAUGCGUGCUUAUUUGAUUUAAUUGCGUUGUUGUUUCCUACUUGUUUGAUGGCGUCGGUCAAGAUGAAAAGAACAAACGAUAAAUUACCAAAAUAAAUUGAAAAUCCAAAAUAGGUUGUUGGACAGCCGAAUAAACUGGGACAAUGAUAUAUUGUGUUGUCAUUUCUUUUGUAUAAAUCCAAAUAUUAUAAAGUUUACUGCUUUUGAGUGGAAAGAACCAAGCUAGCAAAAUUUUAUGAAAAAGCGCAAAAAGACAACGUUUCUCCAACAUCCGUCGUUGUGCAAAAGCAAAAAUAUAUGCAAAUGCUCCAACGCGGAGAUAAAUUAUUGAAACGAAAAGGUCCAACAAAUUAAUAAUGAUGAUAAAUUUUCCAAAAUGUUAAUAGAAAAUAAACGUGUCAAGUGUCAACUAUCCGGUGAUAUUUUCCUGAUUGACCUACGAGGCCACGACUAGGACUCGAUCGACCAGAACCAUUCAUUGUGUGUUACUAUCACCGGAGAAUUUGAUAUUCUUACUGGAUACGUACCACAGAAUAAAAUGGUUCGAAUGUUGUCCAAAUUUAGUGGGAAUCAUGACGAUAAAUAUUGAGCCAAUAAUGGUAACAAGGUCAGCCCCUAUGGAUCAAUCCUUGUCGAUGGUCGAAUAGACGGCUAAUUUGGCUUUGUCGUUUAUUUAUAAGUUUUUGUUUGUCGUAUUAAAAUUGUGUUAAAUUAACCGCAAAUAUAUAACAGAAUAACAUAUCACAAAUUUCACAUUUAGAAAAUAUGUAGUUAGGGAUUGGUCAAUGUAUAUUUCAUUUAUUCAUGUGUAGUUAUGGUUGAUGUUGCAUACCCUUGACCCUUGUUGUAAAUUUGUUGUAGCAAUUCUUGUAUCCUACUAAAUAGUAAUAGAAUAAAGAUGUUUAUAGUAGUCUCAUGUUAUAAUAGGUCUUGGAUACUUAACACAAACGAAUACAUGUGGAUUAUAUUUACCCAUCUAAGCAUUGCAUAUAUAUAUAUGUGCCACAAAUAUGAUUAUCCACAAAUUAAUCAAUAAUUUCUUUACGGACCAAUUUGCCAGCUAAAACGCAAGAAACUAAAACAAAAGAACUACACGAAGAGGGAUAUGAGAGACGUGUGGAUCCAUGAACUUGCUGAUUAUCGCUUACUAAAAUUAUUAGCAAUAUUUUUAGUCAAAAAAAAAUUUACGAGCAAUAUUAUUGUUUAAAUAUGCACGAGCAUAAUCAUUAGAUAGAUAAAAACUAUAUAGAUUACUACAAAUUUCUUAAUACGUAACAUAAGGUAAAAUGACGAAUAAUGAUACAAAUGAUUGGUCAUGUCAACUGUGGCUGUACGGAAGUUUCUUAAGCCACCGUGUCAUUCUUUUCUAGCCAUCAAAAUGAUUCAUACGAAUUGAAAAAAUCAAUACUAUAACAUUAAAUUCAUUAAUCAUGUAUUUUUUUCUUACUUCAUUAAUCAAUGUAACAGAAAACAUCAAUGUUCAUAUAUCAUGUUAUGCUAUUGAACAUAGAUAAAUUAGAGCCAUUAUUUCUGAAGCUUUCCUUUAUAAUUAACAGUCACAUUCUUUCUUUUGAAAAUAAAAUUAACAAGCGCAUUCUUUAAUCAAACCUAUAUUACAUUAUUACUGUAAAAUAUUAAUAUUACGUCUAUAUAUAUUUAAUUUUUAAAUCUCAAAUAUCUAUAUAUAUAUAUAUAUAUGUGUGUGUGUGUGUGUUUGGGCGUGUACGUAGGCAUGCAGUUGUUCGUUUUAUAAUACGAUAAUAAUUUUAAGUGAUAUGUUACAAAAAAAAGUGAUAACGACAAUAAUCUUAGACUAAUAUAUACCAUUUAGGCAAUUUUAAACACAUAAAAGAAUUUAUUUUUGCUUUGCAUAAUAUUUCUAAAGCAAAAGUACAUACUAUCAUUUUCAAUUUAGGACCAUUUAUCUUCUUUUUUAAUGGAAAUUUGGGCCUCACCACAUAACCAUUUCUCUAUAUAUACAUCCACCCUACUUAAACCCUAACACACAUAUGCACUUAAAUUCUCAUCAUUUUCCCAUAAAUAAAAAAACACCAUGUCCUUCACCACAAACCCUCACCGUCGCCGCCUCUCAGCAACCACCACAACUACAGCCGUAGACUGCCAUAAACAAGUCCGUUCAUGGCGCCUCCUCCGCACCAUCGUCCAACUUCUCAUCCCAUCUUGCUACUGCACACUCGUAAAUCCAAAUGACAAUCAAGAAGACAAAUCUCACCGCCAAAUCAAACCAAGAACCUCCUCAGUGACCACAAACUCCUCAUCUUUCACUGGAACAAUCUUUGGUUUCCGACGUGGCAAAGUAAACUUCUGCAUCCAAGCAACAAAUACCAAAACCCUAAAUCCAAUCAUUGUCCUCUUAGAACUCACCGUCCCUACCGAAGUCUUAGCUCGCGAAAUGCAAGGAGGCGUGCUAAGAAUCGCUCUUGAAUCAAACAAUAGUGACAGAUAUGAUUCACAUCAAGAUUAUUCUUCUUUUUCUCUUCUUACAACACCUUUAUGGAACAUGUACUGCAACGGUCGGAAAGUUGGUUUCGCCAUCAAAAGAGAGCCUUCAAAAGCCGAGCUAGCCGCUUUGAAGGUGCUUACUCCGGUGACCGAAGGAGCUGGAGUUGUUAAUGGAGAAGAGAUUAACCGAGCGAAGAGUGAUCAUAUGAUGUACUUAAGAGCGAGUUUUAAACGAGUUUUUGGAUCGUUUGAUUCAGAAUCUUUUCAUCUCAUCGAUCCACAUGGGAUUAUCGGACAAGAACUAAGUAUCUUCUUUUUUAGAUCGUCACGGAAAUGAUCUUUGGAUCGUUUUGUUUUCGAGCAUAUGGAAAUCAAUCGGUGCACUAUACGUUGGGAUGAUAUCGAGACUCAUUGGUGUUUUUUACUGUUUCGUUUAGGCAAACUAAACCGAUUGAUGUGAAUCUCGUAAUGUUCUUUUUUAGCUAUGCUUGAUUAGAUGAAAAUGUAAUAAGCAUAGUUUUUUUAAUGAUCUCAACUUUUGUAUGCAGUAGUGGUGACCAUGUGUGUUCAUGUGUUUCUUGUAGUGCAAAGGCUUUUAAUCA